AGCGAGAGAUCCCUUCAAAGAAGAUACUGCACCGUCUGCAUCCCUGGCGCUUUAUCAGUCACUAACACUCAACUGCCUCUUUCUGCGCAGCGGCGGUAGCAGCAGCAGCAGCAGCAGCAGCAGCAGCGCUUCCUCCUUACAACUGGAAGUCUGUAAUGGAGGGGAGCAGCCGCCGCAGCCAGAUGGUACAUUACCACCAGGAGACUUUCUAGUCUGGGAGAAGAGGAGGAAGGGAAGUUAUUGUGGAGUUGAUGAACUUUGCACAUCCAUAGAAACGCCAUUUUGAAUUCGAGUCCUUUACCCCCCCCACUCCCUCCGGAACAAACUUUUGCUUUUCUGUUUUAUUUUGUGCUUUCACUCCCUUGUUUUCCCGCAUCCGUUCCCCUCUCCUAUACAUAUUAUUAUUAUUUUGGGGGUGGAAGCCCUGGGAUCGUACAUCCUCAGUCCAGCUUUCCAUCAUGGCUCGACCUCAGCAGCCCAGCCCGGAGCAAGUCAAACAUGUAAAGUGCACUUCUGAAGAGCAAUCUGAAGCUUAGAAAGGGAAUCAUGCGCUGAAUGUCUCCCUUAAAAAAACAAACAAACUUGAAAUUAGCAUUGUAUCCUGAGUUGCCUGCUCUGUCUGUGUAUUCAGAUUUUCCCGACUGUUGAGUGAGGAAUAUAAUAGUGGUUGAUAUCAUAGGAAGUGCCAGAAUUGAAAUGGAGCUGGAAAGGCCUGGUGAUGCUAAAAUAACAGAUAGUUUUGUUCUGUUCCUCCAUCUGUGCUGACACAGAACUGAUUUCUCAAGUCACCACUGACCAUCAGGGCCCCAUUUGUACCAGCAUCUCAGGAGGAAGAGGAAAUCUACAAUUUUAAGGUGCUACUGAGGAAAAAGCUCUCUGGUUCUAGAUGGUCCUAUGCUUAUUAGAUUAAUACAGAAAAGUAGCAAAGGAAGCUUCACUGGACAAUGUCAAGAAAUAAAAAUGAAGUUUGAGAGAACAAACUUGGAAGCUUAAGCAGUUGUACAGCAGCAAGACCACUACAGUUCCCAAACUGUUUUGAAGGCACAGAUUCGCCAUUCAUCAGCAUCAUGAUGGCAGCUGUUAUGAGCUUGGGGAAGGUUGGUGAAAAUGGCACUGCUGCAUCUCACAAUGUCAAAUCCCCAUCAAAACCUCUUGCUCCUAAUCGGAUUGGCAGGAGAAACCAGGAAACAAAAGAUGACAAGUCUUCUUAUAUCUGCCCUCUGUGUGAAAAGAUUUGCACUACCCAGCAUCAGUUGACCAUGCAUAUUCGUCAGCAUAACACUGAUACUGGAGGGACAGACCAUUCUUGCAGCAUCUGUGGAAAGUCUCUGAGCUCUGCAAGCUCCCUCGACCGCCACAUGCUGGUGCAUUCUGGUGAAAGGCCUUAUAAAUGUUCGGUAUGUGACCAGUCCUUCACCACCAAUGGAAACAUGCACAGACAUAUGAAAAUCCACGAGAAGGAUCCAAAUGGCGCUACAAGCACAGCACCUGCCUCCCCACUGAAACGCAGGCGAUUGUCCACCAAACGAAAACUCAGUCAAGAAGCCGAGGCGGACAAGGAAGAGCGAAUUCCAGCAAAAAAGGCUGUAGAGGAACUACAAAGUGGAGAAGCUGAGAAAAAACCUGAGGAUGAAGUUUAUCGUUGUCCAGUGUGUUUCAAGGAAUUCCCUUGCAAAUAUGGGCUGGAAACCCACAUGGAGGCACAUCCAGACACCUCACAGAGGUGUGACAUCUGUUGUAUUACCUUCCGCACACACCGGGGUUUGUUGCGACAUAAUGCAGUUAUUCAUAAGCAGCUUCCAAAAGAUCCACUGGGAAAGCCUUUUAUUCAGAACAACCCGUCAAUUCCAGCAGGCUUCCAUGAUUUGGGAUUCACAGAUUUCUCCUGUAGGAAAUUUCCCCGCAUUUCUCAGGUCUGGUGUGAAACAAACCUACGGCGAUGCAUCAGUGAAUAUCAUCGGUAUGUCUGCGAGGUGUGCAAUAAGGCGUUCCCCAUGCUCUUGGCACUCAAGCUGCAUGCCGAAACCCACGCAGCGGAUCAGGGAAAAGAAGAACACAAACUGCACUCAGAGGAUGCAGACCUAAAAGCUUACAUGGCAUCCUUGGGACUACAGCAUACCAAAGACAUUGAACCUGUCAAGCAUGAGGAGCUUGCGCCAGAUGAGAUCCAAGACACUCAGCUAAGAACACUGAAAUGUAACCUACCUCAGGAACCUGGUAGUGCUAACCAGUUGAACAUGUCCCCUCUGGAGGCUCCUUCUGUGGGAGGGCCUUUCUCGGUCCUUCCCCCGACAAAAGAGAACAUGAAGCUCUUGUCACUACAGCCUUUCCAGAAAGGCUUCAUAAUUCAGCCUGACAAUAGCAUUGUUGUCAAACCCAUUUCUGGCGAGCUGGCAGACAUCCAGCAGAUCUUAAAAAUGGCUUCUUCAGCGACUCCGCCGAUCAGCCUCCCGCCACUUUCUAAGGCACCUCCUGCCACUGUGCAGUCCGUAUUCAAGCAUAUGCCUCCACUGAAGCCAAAGCCCUUGGUAGCACCUCGGACUGUUGUAGCAACGUCGACGCCUCCUCUGCUGGUCAGCACUCAGCAAGCCUCACCUGGAUGCAUCAGUCCGAGCCUUCCUCCGGUGCCACCCAAGCUGGUCCAGACCUCUGAAGAAUUGACUUUGGACGCUCAUCUUCUGCACAGUAAAGCAGGAACCAAAUCCAGUCCUUCUCCACAGGCCAAGAUGGAGCCAGUGAACCAGCAUGAAAUGAAAACACAGCUGGAGCAAGAUAGCAUCAUAGAGGCUCUGCUGCCUUUGAGAAUGGAGGCGAAAAUCAAGCAAGAGGUAACGGAGCGAGACUUUAAAGCCAUCAUCACUGGGACAACAAACAAGAAGACCCCAACCAUGAGAAAAGUGUUAUAUCCGUGUCGCUUCUGUGACCAGGUGUUUGCUUUCUCUGGGGUCUUGAGGGCUCACAUCCGCUCCCAUUUGGGCAUCUCCCCUUAUCAGUGCAACAUCUGUGACUACAUUGCUGCUGACAAAGCGGCACUGAUCCGCCACUUGAGGACGCACAGUGGGGAGAGGCCAUACAUCUGCAAAAUCUGCCACUACCCUUUCACGGUGAAAGCCAACUGUGAAAGGCAUCUGCGCAAGAAGCACCUCAAGACGACGCGGAAAGACAUAGAGAAGAAUAUAGAGUACGUUGCCAGCAAUGCAGCGGAGAUGGUAGAUGCCUUCUGUUCCCCAGACACUGUGUGCAAGUUUUGUGGAGAGGACCUGAAACAUUACCGUGCCCUUCGCAUCCACAUGAGGAUGCACAGUGGCUGCCAGAAGAAGAAGCCAUUUGAGUGCAAAGAGUGCGGCACUGCCUUCUCAGCCAAGCGGAACUGCAUCCAUCAUAUUCUCAAGCAGCAUUUGCACAUCCAGGAAAGGGAGAUAGAGAGCUAUGUGCUGGCAGUGGACUGCACACCUCCAGAGAGCCAGCCAGGCUCUCUUCUUCUGGAAGACAAGACCUACAUGGACCGCAAGCCUGUCGCACCUUUCCUGGAAUCGCAGAAUGGCUUCUUAAGAGGUGCCCCCUCUCAUGCAUCGAUCAAACUUGAAACCUCAAACAGCUUCCCUAUGGAAUUUGAUGAACCUUUAGAUUUCUCACAAAAGAACAAAAACCUGAACUCUGUGCUGGUGAAACAGGAGAGCCCAUUUGGUUCUUCUCUGUACGACUGUUCCAUGGAGCCCAUAGACUUGUCAAUCCCCAAAGCUCCAAAGAAGGAUGAUGAUGAUGCCCUGAGUACAAGGCAAGAGCACCUUGAUGGGCAUGAUGGGAAUCUCCAUAACGGUCAACAGUCUCUUCCAGCUAAUGGCAACUUGGAAAACGGAGUGAUUGGACAUUCCCAGCCAUUGAAGGGUCCAUUGCAUUUGACUGUCCCAAUCAUUUCUCACUCUCUUCUAGGGAGCUCUCCCUUGCUGCGACCCUUGAGGCCUAAGCCACCACCCCUCUUGCCAAAGCCCCUUGUAACGAAAGAGCUCCCACCCCUUGCUUCCAUUGCACAGAUUAUUUCAUCAGUGUCUUCUGCUCCUGCUCUGCUAAAAACAGAAGUCACAGACUCCAUCCCCAAGGCAUCUGCAGGGUCUGAAAAGUUGGGGACCUCCAAACCUGUGCAGGCAGAUCCCGGCAUUUCCAGUGACUUGACGCCACGUGCAUGCAGUCCAAACGGGCCCCAGAAAUCCACCACGCCUGGAGCUGUGAAGAAAAGAGGCCGAAAGAAAGGAACAAAAAACAAGCCGAAGGCAAGUGGUGGUGUGGACCUGGAGUCGAGUGGGGAGUUUGCUAGCAUAGAGAAGAUGCUAGCAACCACGGACACAAAUAAGUUCAGCACGUUUCUACAGUCAACGGCGGACUUCAAAGGAGCGAUGGCUGAUCAAAACCGAACCAUCGAGGAAGAAAAAGAAACAGCUGAAGACAAACUCCUGCAGGGAAAGAGAAAUGCCUACUCAAACUGCUCUCAGAAAAUCAACUGCCCUCAUUGUCCAAGAGUUUUUCCCUGGGCGAGUUCCUUACAGCGGCAUAUGCUUACUCACACAGGUCAGAAGCCUUUCCCCUGUCAAAAAUGUGAUGCCUUCUUUUCCACCAAAUCUAACUGUGAACGCCACCACUUACGCAAACACGGAGUUGCCAACUACUGUCUGAGAAGAAACGGGCUUAUCCCCCAGUCUAAAGAAAGUGAUGCUGGAGCUCAUGAUAGCACAGACAGUCAGUCAGAUCUAGAAAAUACAAGUGCAGGAAGUGAAGCACUAGACUUGACUGCUGGUGAGAGAGACCACCUAGAGGAGGUUCCUGACCUUCUAGAUCCUGAGUGCAGUCCCAAAGAGGAGGAGAAGAUGGACUCCUCCCAAGAGGAGGAGGAGGAUGCACAAGAGAAAUUAAGCGAGGAUGAAGAGGGGCCAGAGGAAGACUCUGUCAGCAACAGAAGCCUUGACCUCAAUUUUGCUAGCAAGCUAAUGGACUUCAAGUUGGCUGAGAGUGACCAGAGCACGGGCAGUUGCGUUCAGGCUGAAAAGAAACACACAUGUGAUGUUUGUGGGAAGUCUUUCAAGUUUGCUGGGACACUUAGCCGGCAUAAAAAGGCUCAUGAACGCGAUGACAGGAAGGAUGAAAAGAGCAGCGAGGAUGAAAGCAAAGGUGUGCAAGGUGGAGCCCAAGUUCAUUUGGCUCUAGAGGAGUCUUCUCCUGAACAGGAAGAGCCCAAAACAGACAUAAAAGGAGCAGAAUCUCCCACGGAUGGUGAGGCCACUGGAAAAGAGAAUGAGGAGAGUGAAAGCAUCUCCGAGGGAGAGAGCACAGAGAGGAAAUCUUCUGAGAAGAGUGAUGAUGACAGGAAGCCGAAGGCUAAUGGUGGAGCUAAGAGUGAAUCAAAGGCAGACAAGAGGAAGAAAGUGUGUACGGUAUGCAACAAGCGAUUUUGGUCUCUCCAAGACUUGACAAGGCACAUCUCAUACAGGUAAAUGGAGGGUCACUAG